UGACGUGAGCCAAGCCUGGAACCGGGGCCCAGCGGAGCGCGAGCCCGCCCCUCACACCCUCGCUCCCGCUCGCUCCGGAUCCGGGCACAUAACGAUCUUUGAAAUCCAUCUUUAGUUAAGAUGGCACCAGCAAUUGGAGGUCCCCAGGGAUAUACUCCACCAGAAGGAGGCUGGGGAUGGGUUGUGGUCUUUGGAGCUUUCAUCUCUAUUGGCUUCUCUUACGCAUUUGCCAAAUCAAUUACUGUUUUCUUCAAAGAGAUUGAAGUCAUCUUCAAUGCCACUUCUAGUCAAGUCUCAUGGAUAUCUUCCAUCAUGUUGGCUGUUACAUAUGGAGGAGGUCCCAUUAGUAGUAUCCUGGUGAAUAAGUAUGGCAGCCGGCCAGUAAUGAUGUUUGGUGGCUUCCUCUCAGGGUGUGGUUUGAUCGCCGCUUCUUUUUGUAACACUGUGGAAGAGCUGUACUUUUGUGUUGGAGUCAUUGGCGGUCUUGGGCUCUCCUUCAACUUAAAUCCAGCUUUAACCAUGAUCGGCAGAUAUUUCUUCAAAAAGCGUCCAUUGGCAAACGGGUUGGCCAUGGCAGGGAGUCCUGUGUUUCUCUCUACCCUGGCACCCAUAAAUCAGAUUUUCUUUGAUAUCUUUGGCUGGAGAGGCAGCUUCUUAAUUCUUGGGGGUUUGCUACUAAACUGUUGUGUGGCUGGAUCUCUCAUGCGACCUAUAGGACCCAAACCAGGGGCAGUCACAAAAGAAGUAUCUAAAGAAUCCCUCCAGGAAAUAGGGAAGCUGGACUCCAAAAAAGGUGCUGGUGAUGCCAACACCGAUCUCAUUGGUGGAAACAGUAAGCCAGAGAAGCGUUCUUUCUUCCAGACAAUUAAUAAGUUCCUAGAUUUUUCCCUAUUCAAGCAUAGAGGCUUUUUACUGUACAUCUCUGGCAAUGUGUUCAUGUUUUUUGGAUUAUUUACUCCCUUAGUUUUUCUUAGUAAUUAUGCCAAGAGUAAGCAUAUAUCUAAAGAGUCUGCUGCCUUUCUGCUCUCCAUUUUGGCUUUUGUUGACAUGGUAGCCAGACCCUCGAUGGGACUUGUAGCCAACACAAAAUGGGUGAGACCUCGAGUGCAGUAUUAUUUUGCUCUCUCAAUAAUCUGCAAUGGUAUAUGCCACCUAUUGGCACCUUUAUCCACCAAUUAUGCUGGGUUUUGCGUCUACGCGGCAUUCUUUGGAUUUGCAUUUGGCUGGCUCAGCUCAGUAUUGUUUGAAACACUAAUGGACCUUGUUGGAACCCAGAGAUUCUCCAGUGCUGUGGGUUUGUUGACGAUCAUGGAGUGUUGUCCUGUCCUCCUGGGGCCACCGCUUUUAGGUCGUCUCAAUGAUAUGUAUGGAGACUAUAAAUACACAUACUGGGCCUGUGGCGUUAUCCUGAUUGUGUCAGGUAUCUACCUCUUUAUUGGCAUGGGCAUCAAUUACCGCCUUUUGGCAAAAGAACAGAAAGCAGAGGAGGAACUGCAAAAGGAAGGAAGAGAGGAAGAAACCAACAUAGAUAACAUUGAAAAGCAGAAAGAAGCCAAUAAGGUUGUGGAGUCUGCCCAGCAAAAACCUCCAGAAGAAGGCCCCAAAGAGGAAGAAAAUCGUUUUUAAGACUGCAGCACUGCAGAGGUGGGGAGAUAGAAAGGAGACCUUAAAAUGGUCUCCUGGCUGACUGGUACCAGUGGUGCUUAAUGCAGAAAAGAGUAUUUCUGUGCAAAAUUGAACCAGGUGUUCCAUGGAAUUUUUCAAUUUUGAGUUUUUUCCUUUUAUAUUUAAUAUCAUUACAAACUAAAUCUGCCAUAUUUUGGAGGGGAGUAAGGAUGUGAAGGAAAGGAAUUAGUUUUUACAUAUUGAAUUUUAAUAGUGACUUGAAGAUACUUAUGUGCCUUAAAUGUUUGUAUGUAGACCUCCUCAUAAAAGCCUUAACUUUUUAAAUAGUUUAGUUUUAUUUUGUCUUUAAAAUUAUCUCGGUUUUUUAAAAAUCAGGCAGCAAACAUACCUGGAAGAAAAGUACACAAAACCCCAUGUGAUGAUUAAGGCAGCAGUCCAAGCAGACUAGUUGAUCCUAGUCUGAAACCAACUCUGCCUGCUUCAUGGUACUUUUGUCAUGUUCUGCUGGCAUGUUAUCCCAGGGAGCCAUGUUGGAAGGACUGACUAAGAGCUUUGAAGUUAUAUUCUACUGUUAACAUUUUUCCUUGUAUAAUUUUGCCUCCCAUCCACAUUUUCUAACCAUGUAUUUGUGUGAGUCAGAAUAUAGUUCUAAAAAUUUUUUUUCCUUUAAUAUGACUUAUUCUCAGUACUCCAAAUUUUUUAUUAUUAUUUUUC